AUGCAAUUAACACUUAUUGUUCUUCUUGUAUUGAUACCAUCAAUAACAACUUUAAAAUGUUACGUAUGCAAUUCGAAUGAAAAAUCUGCCUGUGCAUCGGACGGCAAAUUAAAUGAAAAACUUACACAAACGUGUCCUUCUAAUAUGGAAGACCCUUAUUGUCGUAAAAUGGUUCAAACAGUUAAUGGGGACACAAGCAUUGUACGUUCAUGUGGUUCAAAAAUAGGAUCAAAAGAAUGUUAUAAAACACCUGGAGUUAAUACUGCAAAUGUUUGUUCAUGUAAAACGGAUCUUUGUAAUAAUGCACCAAGUUUCAAUCGACAACAACAAAUGAUGACAAUUCUUUCAUCAUUUAUUGUUGUAGCAACAGCAAUGAUUUUUCUUCGUUGA